AUGCAGACAGCGGACCACGUCAAUCAGAGUCUAGCUUAUAUCUUCAUCAUUGUGGGAUUUGAGACACUGAGGGACGCAGAGAUCUUUCUGUUUUCCCUUUUCUCGGUCAUGUACAUCCUUACCAUGGGAGCUCAUGUCCUUAUCAUCACACUUGUCCUAAUGGAUAACCGCCUACACAAGCCCAUGUAUCUGCUUCUGGCCAAUUUCUCAUUGGUGGAGGUUCUAUACACCACAGUUACUAUACCAAAGAUGUUGGAUGCUCUGCUGACCCGGAACAAAGAGAUCCCCUCUAUUGACUGCCUUGUUCAGUUUUACUUUUUCUUCGCUUUUGGAGCAGCGGAGAAUUGUUUCCUGGUUGUCAUGGGCUUUGAUCGGUAUGCCGCCAUCUGCCAACCCUUACACUACACCAUGUUGAUGACCAAAAGGACUACCUUGGGCCUGGCACUUGCUCCAUGGAUAGUUGGGUUUAUAACGGCUGCCUGUCCUGCUAUCUGGAUAUCCACCCUUAGCUUUUGUUUCCCAAAUUACAUUGACCACUUCUUUUGUGAUUACUCGCCCCUCCUGAAGCUGUCUUGUGAGGACACCUCAAGAGGAGAGUUCACGUUCUCUGUGAUAUCCUGGAGUUUAACACUUGGCUGUUUUUGUCUCAUCAUGGUCUCGUACACUUUUAUCAUAUUCGCUGUUCUGAAGAUUCCAUCUGUUGAAGGCCAGAAGAAGGCUUUCAACACUUGUGCUUCCCACCUCACAGUAGUAUUGAUCUUUAACGGGACAAUCAUUUUCAUGUACAUACGUCCCAAUUCUCACAUCAGGUUCACUCUUGACAAGGUGGUGUCAAUCUUCUAUUGCGUGGUGACCCCAUUGAUGAACCCCAUGAUCUACUGCUUGAGGAACAAAGAGGUGAAAGGGGCCCUUCAAAAGGUCUUCAUGAGUUCACGUUCUCUGUGCUAUCCUGGAGUUUAA